AUGGCAUCACCGGAGUAUCCUAAAACAGCAGCCAACAAGCUGGGCCGGUUGGCGAAUCGAGGUCAAUACGACUUCGCAACCAUCCACACCCUGCUCAACACCUGCCCUGUUCUCCACGUCUCCUUCAAUGACCCAGAGCAUCCCUUCCCCGUAGUCCUGCCCAUGCUCGGCUGCACAGGCUCCUUCUCCGCCCCCUCCGCAGACCCCAGCACAUCACCGCAAGACCUCUACAUCCACGGCUACGUAUCCGGACGGCUCUUCCAAAAGGGCAAAGAAGCCAGCCUUGAGCACAAUGACGCAGGCCUCCCCGUCACAGUGGCAGCGACGUUCCUCGACGGCCUCGUCCUGGCCCUAGCCCCCUUCCACAACUCGUGCAAUUACCGCAGCGCCGUCGCGUACGGCUACGCCGGUCUCGUGACAGACGAAGCCGAGGCGCUCUACGCUAUGCAGCUGAUCACGGAUAACCUGCUGCCCUCGCGCUGGGCCAAGAGUAGGAGUCCGCCCACCAAGGUGGAACUCAGCAGCACGUCGAUUCUCAAGGUGCGGAUUGUGUCGGCGAGCGCCAAGAUCAGGGAGGGCGGGCCGUCUGAGGAUCGCGCGGAUCUGAAGGAUGCUGGGCUGGUGGGGCGGACGUGGACGGGCGUUGUGCCGCACUGGGGCACGUGGGGCGAGCCGGUCGAGGGGAGGCAGAAUGGGUGUCGGGAGGUGGAAGCGUAUAUUGAGGAGUGGCGGGUGAAGGAGACUAGUAGAGCGAGGAACCACGCUUUUGCAGCGAUUGAGAAGGGAAGUUGA